UUCGCCAGUGACCGCUUGGGUAGCUGCCCUGGUCUCCUUGAGGCUACACUUGAUUGCCUUUUCCAUCUGCCUGAUCGGCUGCCCUCCAGUCGGCGCUUCGACUUGCUUGUAUUGACAUUAUGCCUUUUAGUAAACCUUUGCGAACACUGUCCAGAAAAUCGAACUCGUCUGGUUCAUCUCGACAUUGCUACAGAACCGCCACCACCUACACCUGCAGAGCUAUCUUAUUUGCGUGCCGAGCGCCGUCGUUUAGCUCAGGCCCGUCAAGCACGGCGGAAGGCCGCUGCAGAGGCAGCUGCGGCUCGCCAGAGGGCAUUUGCUGCAUCUGGGAAACCCGUUUAUCGUCGACCAUUGCCACUCUCUAGCUCCGCCGGACUUUUGUGUGGCAAAAAUCCACUCUGCAGCCAAUUAUCUGAUGAUGACGACGACGACUUAGAUGAUAUCGAUGACAACGAUGACCUCGACGAUCUUAACGAAGUUGAGAGUGGUGUUGCGGAUUGUUCCGGGAAUGUUGAAAAUGGAGCCAAACUAAGCAAUCUUGCAGCUAUCACUGCAGCUUGGUUUGAUAUGCGCCGAAAAAAACCUAUCAUGACGGGAGCUCUGGAUGAGAUUGUUAAAGUAACAUAA